CCUCCUCCACAGUUCACCCUUGUGGGAAACUUGUUUGUCAAAGCGGCUGUAUAUAUACGUCUUUCACCACAGAAGACACACAUGGCCUCAACAACAUGUCGUCUUGAGUGAAAAGUGGGAUUACUAUGCAGAGCAGUGCCUUCAUGACGCUUUUUAACAGAUUUUUUGUGGAUUUUAAAUCGCCAACAGAAACGGAGAGUGAAGCUUCCGCGGAAGGAUAAGAGCAACAAAAUGGGAAACAUGAUACUGAUGGCGCUUCUGCUGGUUCACCUGCCGACAGAGCUGCUGUCCAUCCAGGUGACCGUUCCAGAGACGGAGAGGAGAACGACUCUGUUUGCCUCUGUGAUCCUGCGCUGCGACUAUUCCACUUCAGCGAACGCUCAGGAUGUCCUGGUCACCUGGAAAUACAAAUCCUUCUGUAAAGACCCAGUGCUGGACUACUACUCCACAGCCUAUCAGGCCGCUCUGCAGCUGGGUCAGGACCCGUCCAAUGACUGCCCAGACCGCCAGCGCACAGUUCGCACAGUGGCGCAGAAGAGAGGCCUCAAUGAGCCCAUACUGGGUUCAGACUACAGAGAACGCAAAAUUACCAUUCAAAACAAUGCUGACCUGGUCAUCAAUGAGAUAAUGUGGUGGGAUAAUGGUGUCUACUUCUGCUCUAUUGAUGCGCCUGGUGACACAUCGGGCGACUCGGAUCGUGAAAUUAAACUCAUCGUGUACCACUGGCUGACUGUCCUGUUGAUCAUCAUUGGUGCCCUUAUGCUCCUCAUGCUGUUCUGCAUAUGUUGCUGCCAGUGCUGCCCGCAAAAGUGCUGCUGCUAUGUCCGAUGCCCGUGUUGUCCACAGACGUGCUGCUGCCCAGAAAGAGCUGUGAUGCAGCACCGGAUGAUGCAAGAGGCUCAGAGGGCAAUGGCUCCCUGGAUGCACGGCCAACCCAUUUAUGCUCCCAUCAGCUCCAAUGGCUCCUCACAUGGCGUCCCCAUACUGUAUUCAGGCUCAUACUCGGACCACCCUGUCAAACAGAACUUUGCCACGGCUCCCAUGCAGCUGUCACCCAUGGCCCUGCAGCAGCAGCCCCCUCCUCCUCCUCCUCCUCACCACCACCACCACCACCACAUGAAUGGCAGUGUGCGCAGCAGCGUUCAAGGCACCAACCAGGUGUUGGACUACCUGGAGAACCAGGUGAGGGGGCUGGAUGCAGGACCACCUCCAGUGGCUCCACACUAUGUCCAAAAUAUGCCCCCAUUACAAUCUCGUCCUCAGCCCCAUCAGGUUCCUUCUGCAGUUCCCUACACGCCUGGGCCUCCGAGUAUGUUGUCAGCCCUGGAUGACAUGGGAGUGAGAGGGGUCGAGAGAAGGGUGAUCACGCUGCCUCCUAUUAUCCAGCAUGCACCCAGCUUUUCCUCACACAGGGGGCCUGGAGGUGGAGAGGUAACCAGGGGUGACCCCAGAUUGUCUAGCCAAUCCAGUGGGAGCACAAACCCUUCUGGAAGGGGUAUCCAUGGCAACAGUCGAGGAUACAGAGACCUCUCUCCGCCCAGGCGGGGGAUCUUGCGUGACUACAGCGACCAGUCUGACCGGGAUGACAGACGAAAGAGAGCGUCACAUAGGGGCUCAAGGAAUGAGAGAGGAAGCUCAUCAGGGAGGAGAAGAGGAGGAUCAAGGCCACGAGCCCGCAGUCGUGAUGACCUGAUGGAUGAGCCUUACAGCAGAGGAGCACCACGGAGGGAGAGGAGCUACUCACCUCCUCUGCAUCGUAAAGGGUCCUGGAGUUCAGAUGAAGAGGACAACGGGAGAAGAAAGGGAGGUAAAGGGAAGGAUUGGCCAGAGAAGCCUCCCAGUUACUCCUCCAUUGACAUCCAGUCUGUACAGGGUAACGGGCGAAGGAACUACAACCGUCUUUCUGAUAGAAGUUCCCGUAGCAGCACCAGCGUAGUCAUUUGAAGCAUUUCUUUUUUUUAGUGUUUUUUUUUUUCCUGAAUGUUUCCAGAACGGUGAAAAUGAAGACAGACAAGUAGUUUAAAGGACUGGUUCAUAACUUCUCAAAUAUUUUCUAAACCAAUGGUCAGGCGCCCAAGUGAACACUGAAAUAGGUUUAUAAUGGCAAAUUACAUCUUUUUAUGACCAUACUUUUUUACUAUUCUUUUGUCCCCCUUCACGUGCACUGAAAGCCAUUGGAAGGGGAUCUUUUAAUAGCCAGUAUGAGCAGGUGGAAUGAUUACAGUGAGGGUAAAACUCUUUUAGUGUACAUAUGUGCAUUUUACUUGUUUUAAGACAGAUAUGAAAAAUAUUGAACCUGUCCUUAAUCUAUUUGAUUAGUGUGCAAGCUUAGUUGUUAUAAAGUUGUUGUGAUAUUUGAUAGUGAAUCCUGAAAAUGUGUGGAUGUUGUUUACUCUUUAAGCACUGUAUGUAUACAUGAAAUUGCUCCAAAAAUAACUUCUUUUUUUUUAAGUAUGAAGAAUUGUUGAUUAAAUGUUGUAAUUUGAGUGUUUUCUUACUGGUGAAGGAUAAAUGUGUUCUGCUUUUGGUGUUUGUGAAGUCAAUGUAAACAUUUAGCAGUUUAAACAAGCAGAUUGAAAAUGUUAGUUGUGUUUGUGUAGAGAAUACACAGAGAUGGUGUGUAAUUGUGGAUUUACUUUAUCUUUGCAUUAUCACAUAUACUAUUUAAAGUUGUUCUUUUUCUAUCAUCAUCCAUCGCAAGACAGAAACAGCAAUGAAAAGUACGCUACAUGGACAUUUGUAGGAAGGUUGACAGAGUUAGUGGACGUCACUGACACCAAAACAUAAUACUGAUUUCACAAUAAUGGAUUGUUUUUUUAAUAAAUACAACAAAUAAAACUUUUUAGAUACA